AAACAAUGCACGAGUACAUCCUGGAACUGUCAAGACAUCAUGAAGUGUUUGUGAAAUACCAACGUAAAUCAAUUUCGCUAAAAUGCAGAGGGAGGACAAACCCAGCCUGCUGCUCUCCUUCCACACUGAGCCCAAACAAGAGGAUUCUGAUUGUGAAAGUAAAGCUCAGGGGGAAUUGGGGGAUUCAGAGAGGACAUCAGUAAAACUGGAAGACAAAAGUCAAACGCUGGGACUGAAUCUUACUAUUAAAGAUGAAGAGGAGGAGAAGAAUGUGGUUAUCAUUAAUAAUGGAGAGGAAGAUUUACUCACUCAAGAUGGGAUUCCUGAAGUGGGGACGCUUGGAGGGAAACAACAGAAAGACUACAAUGAUAAGAAGUCUCAACACUAUCCCCAUUUUGGAAAGAAAAUCUCAUCACCAUCACAGUUAAAAAGACACAUUAAUAUACGUACAGAUGAGAAGCCUUUCUGCUGUUCUGUCUGUGGGAAGUGUUUCAUUAAAUCAUCAGAUUUUACUAAACAUCAGAGAGUGCACACGGGUGUGAGGUCUUACUCUUGUUCUGACUGUGGGAAGAGUUUCAUUAGGUCAUCUCAUUUUGUUCGUCAUCAGAGAGUGCACACAGGUGAGAGGCCUUACUCUUGUUCUGACUGUGGGAAGUGUUUCUCUCAAUUAGGUAUCCUUAAAAGUCACCAGCGCAUACAUACUGGAGAGAAACCUUACUCCUGUUCUGACUGUGGGAAGAGUUUCUCUCAAUCAGGUAGCCUUAAAAGUCACCAGCGCAUACAUACUGGAGAGAAACCUUACUCCUGUUCUGACUGUGGGAAGUGUUUUACUGGAUCAGCUAGUCUUAAUAGUCAUAAAAGACUGCACACAGGUGAGAAGCCUUACUUCUGUUCUUACUGUGGGAGGAAUUUCACUCUAUUAGGUUGUCUUAAAGUUCACCAGCGCAUACACACAGGUGAGAGGCCUUACUCUUGUUCUGAAUGUGGGAAGAGUUUCUCUCAAAUAGAUGGCCUUAAAUGUCACCAGCACAUACAUACUGGAGAGAGGCCUUACUUUUGUUCUGACUGUGGGAAGAGUUUCUCUCGAUUAGGUAGCCUUAAAUGUCACCAGCGCAUUCAUACUGGAGAGAAACCUUACUUCUGUUCUGACUGUGGGAAGUGUUUCAUUAAAUCAUCUCAUCUUGUUAGUCAUCAGAGACUGCACACGGGUGAGAGGCCUUUCUCCUGUUCUGACUGUGGGAAGAGUUUCUCUCAAUUAGGUCAUCUUAAACGUCACCAGCGCAUACAUAGAGAACAGUAAUACCAGACAUUUGACACUGGAGAUUAAUUUUGACAUUUGACAGACUUGACUGAGAGGAUAAGCAAGUGUUUUACAGCAUCAAGCAGUUCAACUGUCUGUUCUUGAGAUUACCACAAAUGAAGAUAUGUCUUGUUAGAAUAUGGGCGUGAGAAACAUAACACAACACAAAGUGCUUAUUUACUUUAACAAAAUACAAUAGAUGGGAUGUGGGUCCCACACAUCCUGUCCAUACCUCCUGAUAGGUGUUUUCCAUGUGACUGUCAUAGACUAGAUGAA